AUGUCAGAGCUUAUCUUUCUUAUCUUCUUUGCUUUUUGUAGUGAUAGCAACUGGGAAGACACGAAAUCGAAAUUAAGUGAACUUUUCUCCAACAAAGUAAAACGUGGCACAACAAAAGCCUUUCUUCUAGAUAUUGAUAUGACGAAACGUUUGGAAUACUUUGACGUACAUAACUCGCAAGAAAUAGUUAAAGUUCAAUUAAGUGUCUUAUCAGGCCCGAUGAGUGUCGGAAAUCAUAUCUUGAUUCUUUCUUGCUGUCAAACCAUAUUCCGAAGGGUGGCUUUUACUUUAUAUUUCGGAUGCGAACAAUUUGGAACGGCGCACGCAAUAUUCGAGAGAGAAUAUGUCAAAAAUGGUAUGUUUGACUGGGUUGUUUUGUCACCCUCUAUCUCCUACCACUUUCGAAAAGAUAAUGAGCCCUAUCCUGACAAGAAAAUCGAUAAGGCAAAAGAUGUCUUGGCCGAAUUGAAUCAAUUUAACCAAGAUCGGCUCCAGGAUUUCUUUAAGGGUGAUAAGAUCGAAAAGGCAACACAGGCUUUGACUACAAGGUUAUGGAUCUCGGCUUUGUAUAUCGGAAAAAUAACGAGUUCAAUAUUUUCCACUAUGUCAUGCCGCUAG